AUGGCGGAUUUAACAGGAAGUGACGACUACAAUCUUCAGGGGGCGUGGGACACGGUGUGUCAGUCGUUCGCCAAAACAACCACGGUGGAUCUCACUAUAACCCCGAGGUACACCAUCGAUCAGGUCCUCGAUCAAAUCCGGCAAAGGCAAGAUGACGACGAGCAGCGAAAUGUUAAAUACAAAGUCGCAAAGGAUGUCAUCAGCAAGACUUUGAGCUGCAUCGAGGUUCUUGGUGGGAUUGUCGCCCAGGGAGCAAGUAUGGUGUUUGGCCCAAGCGAGCUAUGUUUCAAUGCUGUGUUAUAUCUUAUCCAAACGGGGGCAAAAUUCAAGGGAAUUUUCAGCAGUAUUGCCGAGCUGUUUAAACGCAUCUCAGACGUUCUGGAACGAUGCAAGAUCUAUCUCCGCAUGCUGCCUGAGGCUGUGGAUAUUUCCUUGCGACGGAUAAUCAAUGAUGAGCUGUUGUGUUUUGUCGCAGUCUGUGCGCUUUCGAUGAAAGUUUUAAAAGGACACAAAAUUUUGAUUGCACUCAAGGUUUUCGCCUUCAACACUGACGAGGGGGUCAGUGAGCAGUUGGCUCGGCUGGCUGAGCUCGUCGAGCGGGAGUCGCAAAUGCGAGGGACUCUGGGAUUUGAAUCGCAGAAGAACAGUGAAAAGAACAUCGUCGAGACAAGAGACGGGACGAAGAAGAUCAAUGCAGGCGUCGACAAAUUACUAGAGAAUCAGCGGAAAACCGAGGAGGAGAAUAAGGAGAAUAAACAGCUUCAUGAUGUCGACACCUGUCUUGACAGUCCCAGCGAGACCUUCGCCAAGAUGCGAGGGAAGUAUAGGGACCUGCGCGGCAAAAUAGUUGAUGGAAGCGGACAAUGGCUCCGCAACGAUCCGAUGUAUACAGGAUGGGCGAGUUGCGAAGUUGAGUCUCCGUUAGAUGUGCUCUGCAUAUCCGGAGGUGAAGGAUACGGUAAAUCCUAUCUAUUCACUACGAUCAUUCGAGACCUGCAGGAGAGGGAUUCAGAAGUGACGGACAACUUGAGUCGCACGUCGAUCGGCUAUUACUUUUUCGAGCAGGGAAGUCCCACUCGAGGAACUGCUCACCAUGAUCCGGUCUAUCGGAAGGAACUUGCCUCGUCCGCGAAGUCGAUGGAAUCCAACCAAAUAACCGAACUAUGGGAUGUUCUCUUCGCCAAGUCUUACAAAUCGGACUCGACCUUUUUCAUCCUGUUGGAUGGCGCCGAGCGGAUUGUCCGGGAGAACCUCAAACAGCUCCUGAAUGUUCUAGCGGACCUCCAGAAGAUAUCAGACACUAGGUACCGAUUCCGCAUUCGCAUCCUCUUCUCUGCGCGAAGCGAAACCGUCGAGCAGAUCACAAACCACCUCAAUAAAGGGGCCUCUACCAUUGAUGUCGCUUCGAAAAACAAAGACGAUAUCGAAAUGUUCAUCAACGACCGCCUCAGGAGCAUGGAUAUCCUCAGCAGCGGCUCCACCCAGGUUGAAGCACUCAAGAGGGAAAUCCUCGAAGGCCUCCUGAAAGAAGGGCAUGGCGAUUUCGUCAACGUAGGUCUUCUGCUCAAUCAAAUAGGCGAUAAGCAACGUCCCGGAGAGAUCCGAGACGUAUUGUCCCGGUCAGGCGAGAAACGUUCGAGCACGAUUGCCCGCGAGAUUAAGAGAUUGAACGAGACCCUGAGUGAUGAUGAUAUUUCAGAUCUCAAUGAGCUCCUACUCUGGGUGAUGAACGCACGCAGCUCGCUUAUGCUAUACGAAUUGGAAGCCGUUCUCUACGUGAAAAAUGGCGAGCUAUCACUUCGCUCGUUGGAAAACGAGAUCAGCGGCCGCUUCUCUGCUCUAUUCUGCAUAGAGGGAGAGAUCGACCUGAAAACAAAGAGCAUGCCCCCGACAGCGAUCAUAUCUCUAGUGUCAAACUCGAUAGAGGAGUACUUCCGACCAAAAUCUCCUAGCGAGGAGGCUGAGGCCGACCACGGCCAGCAUGAAUGGAACACCACUGGGGAUGUCCUCGCGUCGGAGGUCAAAAUUGUCCGGCGAUUCCUCGAUUUGGUCUGCGACCCUAAUCUGUUCAAGAAGUUCGAGUUUGAUGCCUUCUUCGAGCGAAAAUUGACCAAAAAGACUGCCCGGCUCGGCGUCGAUACAGACACAGCUCACAUGCAAAUUUUAAUGGCCUGUCUCAAAGCCAUCUCAGAGAAAACAGAUGGAUCUUCUCCGCUGGUGGACUACGCGACGUUUUACUUUGAAGAGCAUCUUCGUCUCAUUGAUCUGUCAUUGAUACAGCCACAAAGCAAGGCCGUCGUCGGUCCACAAUUGGUGAAAAUGUUUACAGACGAGGAAAUCUUCAUUUCGUGGUGGACUGAGGACCGCCUGUGGAUGCGGCGUUCCUGGCUAUACGAGGAUGACUGCGUUGAUGUGGUGUUGAAGUGGCUACAGGACUCCGCUGUCACUAAGAAGCUUCCGGAAAAUGACAGGGCAUGGGUCAAGAGUCUGAGUUCGAAGUCGAAGCCUGAUGCAGAUCUCCUGGAGCAUAUCGCCAAGUUCGUGGCGCAUAAAUGGCUGCAGACGAGUGAUUGGGAUGUUAAGGAGUUGUUUUAUUGGGUAAAUGCAUAUUCGAACAAGAUUGCAAGUCGCAAAGAUUCCAACGUGAAGCGCGAGACCGAAGAUCAGGAACCAAAGAAGAUUCCGGCGUCUCGGAUCCAUGAGGUAGCCGAGUGGGGUCGACAAUGCCUUGGGCUGGACAGUCUUGGUUAUGAGGAAACACGAAAUGUCGCCAGAACUUUGAGAAGUUUUGAGAAAUUGGAUGAUGCAGUCGAAACAUUCAAGCGGGCAUCGUCACUUGAAGAAGAUAACUGGUUCGCCAGAUGGGGUCUCGCGGAGACUUACAAACUCCAAGGAAAAUAUGCGCUGGCAGUAGAGACUCAAGAAGCAGUCCAAGCGUCCGUGGAAAGCGGGAAGUCUAAACUCGGUAACGCUGGGAACUAUUUGCAUAAAAUCAACCGAGAUUUGGCCUUGUAUCACAAAGAAGCCGGGAAUGCCGAGAAAGCCUUGGACAUUUAUGAAUCCAUUUUGCAGGAAUAUCCGGAUGACUAUCAGUCAGCCUUGGCUAUGACCCUAGUCCUACAUGACAAAGGGGGCUAUACACAGCUGAUUGAGUUCCUCGAACGCUUGAAAAGGUCCAAAGACGAGGUUACCGGUCUCGAUCGGCGCACUCAAAUCUUCCAUGAGUAUUACUGGAAUGACGAUUAUCAUGGCACCAUCGCCGCUGCCGGAAAACUUCUGAACGGCAGCGGCAUCACGACUCUGAAAGAUAGCUAUCGCACUGCUGUCGAUGCGGCAGAAGAAAAGGUUCAACUUGCCAAAGACCAGCUGAACCGAGAGGAAGAAAUGUGCGCGAAAGAAACCAUGGCCAUGCUGAUGCACCACUGUGCCAGGUUCUUCUACAAUAAUUACACAUGCGCCGAGGAAAAGGAGAUGGCGUUGUCCAUGCGGGUGCGGAUCAUCCAGUUGGACGAAAACGAAAUGAGCUGGUACCUAGGACGUGCAAAGUUGUAUGCCACCUGGGAUCUCUCCGGCCUAUAUUUCGAAAAAGCACUCCAGGCAGGGCAGGGUACCGAACUGGCAGCCAAAUACAUCGACGAUCUAGAGCAUCUUGCCACUUUGAAAUCGGACGCAACUCUGACGGACCAAACGAGGGAGAAAUAUCCGCGGCAGUUACUGGCUCGGUACUAUGCGCGUUGUGGGAAUAUGGACAAAGCAAAAAACAUGAUCAGGCCCUUCGUCAAAUUCAGUAUAGAUCUUCUGUCGGAUGACGAUCCCAGCAAUGAUUGGCAGGGAUUUCAAGGCCUAGCAACGCACUUCAUGUUUGCCGGUCAGGAUGAUAACUCUCUGGCGGCAUGGUCACUCCUCAUACCCAAUCAAGAAGAUGAGGAUACGGAUGCUACCACAGAGCUGGGAGGUCCUAUUGCAAACCAUUGCGAUGGAAGAUGUAGAACAAUUUGGACCUACGCAAACGAUAUGUAUAUUUGCCGAGAAUGUGCGGACGUGCAAUUCGAUGAGGGCUGCCUCAGAAAGUUACGAGAGGGAACUUUGGUGCGUCAGGUGUGCAGCAAGAGCCACGAAAUGCUCCACGUUCCCGAGUAUGAUGAGGAAAAAGUGAAAAAGAUCGGAAAAGGGAAUGUGAUGGUCGGGCAGGAAGUCAUGCCGGUGGAGGAUUGGAUUCAAAAGAUCAAGCAGGACUGGGGCUUAUCUACCGAAUGA